UUAGAGAUUAAAACACAAAUGGACAAGAAGUUUCAAGAGGCGAUAUUGAACGAUGACGUUGAUGCGCUGCAUACCCUACUCGUCCAAAAUCCGAUACUUUUGGACCGCGCAACCAAGGAGCCGUUCCCUAAUACUCCUUUGCAUGUAGCUGCGGCCGCUGGCAAAACCCAAGUCGCCGUGGAGCUGGCCACUUUAAGGCCCUCAUUUGCUCGAAGGCUGAACCCAGAGGGGUUCAGUCCGAUGCACCUGGCUUUGCAGCAUGACCAUUUUCAGACCGCGAGAGCUCUAGUGACCAUUGACCCCGAGUUGAUCCGCGUCAAAGGGAGAGAGAGGAUCACUCCUUUGCAUUACAUUGCUGAAAGGGAAGGAGACGCUGAGCUGGAGCUCCUGGCCGACUUCCUUUGUGCUUGCAAAAGGUCCAUCGAGGACAUAACGAGCCGGUGCCAGACCGCAGUUCACAUUGCUGUGAAGAGCUGCAAUAUCAAAGCAUUCGACGUUCUCCUUGGAUGGAUGAAGCGGGUGUAUCUGACAGAGGUCUUGGACUGGAAGGAUGAGGAUGGCAACACGGUCUUGCAUAUUGCAGUGUCCACAAAUCAGCCUCAGGUCGUCAAGUUGCUUACCGAGGACCGUCCAUUCCUUUUUAAAAACCGUCCCUUCCUGGGUUGCAUGUACAGAGACCGCCUUGUGAAGGUGAAUGCCAAGAACUUCCUUGGCAAGACAGCCCUGGACAUCUCGCGGGAGGGCCACUGCGACAAAGAAAUCCCGGACAUGUUAGGAACUGCUGGGACUUCGCUCACCCUAUCGCAGUUUUUGAGCGGGAAACUAACUCUCUUUGAGAAAUGCAGUAGGUACUUUGGAAUCCGGGACGAACAGACUGGCAACAUGAUCCUUGUGGUGGCCACUUUAAUUGCAACAGGCACUUACCAGGCUGCGCUUAGUCCUCCUGGAGGUUAUUGGCAAGACGACUCUGAUCCUGUCACCAAUUCCACAAGCAUUGUUCAGAAACCACAUAUGGCUGGAAACAUGAUCUUGGGUGGUUCUAAGGUCUACUUCUUCACAGUUCUCAACAGUUUAGCCUUUUACACCUCCAUCAUCACUAUCUGGGCCACGGCGAUUGGGUUACUGCCCGACACCUUCAUUGUUUACUUGUCCGUGCUCAUUCUCGGUUUGACUUUCUUCGUCUCCAUCAUAGUUGAAUUCCCGAAGGCCAACAGGUUUGCAGGGACACUGAUUUGGGCAUUUUACGAGAUCUUGUUGCUUGCGGUGCUGUUGCUCCCGAUCCUGGUUUGGUUCAGCCACAAGGCAAUUCAGAACAGAAUGGAUGCGACAAAGAGACGGGUUGGCAGCUUCCUUGAAUCGGAGCCUCGAAGACGCUGAGCAUAUAUAUAAUAGAAUUUACCCAUCUGUCUAUUGUUGAAAAAUCACUGUUGUGCUUCUCUUGCUGGUCCACAUGAAUUUGUCUAUACUUCUAUUCUCUUGUCAAGCAUGUCGGGAAUUGCUUCUGAAGGCGAUGCUUUCGCAUGUAAUGAU